GAUGGAGAGCAGCAUGCCCCUGGGCAGUUUGCUGAGCCGGCACGAUGAUGAGGCCACGAGGACAUCAACCUCAGAAGGGCUGGAGGAAGGGGAGGUAGAGGGGGAGACGCUGCUGAUUGUGGAGUCAGAGGAUCAGGCCUCCGUGGACCUCUCUCACGACCAGAGUGGCGACUCCCUCAACAGUGAUGAGGGAGAUGUGUCAUGGAUGGAAGAGCAGCUGUCCUAUUUCUGCGACAAGUGCCAGAAAUGGAUACCAGCUAGUCAGCUGAGGGAGCAGCUCAGUUACCUGAAGGGGGACAAUUUUUUUAGGUUCACUUGCUCAGAUUGCUCAGCAGACGGCAAGGAGCAGUACGAACGGCUGAAGCUGACAUGGCAGCAGGUCGUCAUGCUGGCCAUGUAUAACUUGUCCCUGGAAGGAAGUGGACGGCAAGGCUAUUUCAGAUGGAAAGAAGACAUUUGCGCUUUCAUUGAGAAACAUUGGACGUUUUUACUAGGGAAUAGGAAAAAGACUUCGACCUGGUGGAGCACAGUGGCAGGUUGCCUCAGUGUGGGGAGUCCCAUGUACUUCCGGUCAGGGGCUCAGGAGUUUGGAGAGCCAGGAUGGUGGAAACUUGUUCACAACAAACCCCCGACGAUGAAACCUGAAGGAGAGAAGCUGUCUGCCUCUACUCUGAAAGUCAAAGCUGCCUCAAAGCCCACCUUAGAUCCCAUCAUUACUGUGGAGGGCCUUCGGAAACGUGCCAGUCGGAACCCCGUGGAAUCGGCCAUGGAGUUAAAAGAGAAAAGGUCGCGAACUCAGGAAGCCAAAGACAUCAGACGAGCCCAGAAGGAGGCCGCCGGCUUCCUGGACAGGAGCACCUCCUCCACCCCGGUCAAGUUCCUUAGCCGGAGCCGCCGGCCAGACAUGCUCCUCGAGAAAGGGGAGGUGAUCGACUUCUCCUCCCUGAGCUCCUCAGACCGCACGCCGCUCACCAGCCCAUCACCCUCCCCGUCCUUGGACUUCUCCGCCCCCGGCACCCCUGCCUCCCACUCAGCGACGCCCAGCCUGCUCUCCGAGGCUGACCUCAUCCCCGACGUGAUGCCCCCGCAAGCCUUGUUCCACGAUGACGAGGAGAUGGAGGGCGAUGGCGUCAUCGACCCCGGCAUGGAGUACAUCCCGCCCCCUGCGGGUUCUGCCUCCGCGGGAGGCAGGAGGAAGGUCCGCGGGCUGGAGCAGAUAAAGCAGGAGGUGGAGAGCGAGGAGGAGAAGCCCGACAGGAUGGAGCUCGACAGCGAGGACACGGAGUCCAACACGUCUGUGCCGACGCGGGCUCGGGAGAAGCGCAAGCCCCCGCCGGACAAGGACACGAAGCCCACCGGCCCCAAGUACACGCCCGUGAGCAUCUACGAGGAGAAGCUGCUGCUGCGGCGGCUGGAAGCCUGCCCCACUGCCGUGGCCAUGACGCCCGAAGCCCGGAGGCUGAAGCGCAAGCUGAUUGUCCGGCAGGCCAAAAGGGACCGGGGCUUGCCGCUGUUUGACCUGGACCAGGUCGUGAACGCUGCCCUCCUGCUCGUGGAUGGCAUUUAUGGAGCCAAAGAAGGAGGCGUUUCCAGGCUCCCAGCUGGGCCAGCCACAUACCGCACCACCUGUCAGGACUUCCGCAUCCUCGACCGCUACCAGACUGCCUUGCCAUCCAGGAAGGGGUUCCGGCACCAGACCACCAAGUUCUUGUAUCGCCUAGUGGGGUCGGAAGAUAUGGCUGUGGACCAGAGUAUCAUCAGCCCGUACACUUCCCGGAUCUUGAAGCCUUAUAUCAGGCGUGAUUAUGAGACAAAGCCACCCAAGCUGCAGCUUCUGUCACAGAUCCGCUCCCACCUGCACAGGAGUGACCUGGACUGGACACCCGAGCCCGAUGCACCUCUUGAUUACUGCUACGUCCGGCCAAAUCACAUCCCAACCAUCAACUCUAUGUGUCACGAGUUUUUCUGGCCUGGCAUCGACCUGUCUGAGUGCCUGCAGUAUCCAGACUUCAGCGUGGUUGUCCUUUAUAAGAAAGUCAUCAUUGCCUUUGGCUUCAUGGUUCCUGACGUGAAGUACAACGAAGCCUAUAUCUCCUUUCUGUUUGUCCACCCCGAGUGGAGAAGAGCAGGGAUUGCGACAUUCAUGAUCUAUCAUCUCAUCCAGACCUGCAUGGGCAAGGAUGUGACUCUUCACGUCUCAGCAAGCAACCCUGCUAUGCUGCUGUACCAGAAGUUUGGCUUCAAGACGGAGGAGUAUGUUCUAGAUUUCUAUGAUAAAUACUACCCCCUGGAGAGUACAGAGUGUAAACAUGCCUUUUUCCUGAGGCUGCGGCGCUGAGCAAGGAGUGAAGGGCCAGAGGGCGGUCUGCAGAGACUGCCUGUGGUUACUCGCUGCACUGUGGGCACUCUGGGUGUCCCCACGGGAGCCUUCUCUCUUCCCCACAGGGGCUAGAGGGACCAGCAUGGCCCUGAGGCUCAGUUGCUCUCCAGCACUUCUCAGAGCCGCCUCCAGCCAGCAUCACGGACUGAGGCUGACCGCUGCCUGCUGUCACGGGCAGCUUGGAGGCACAGAGCACCUGGGUGGGAAGGAGGGGACCUGUCCAUGCUAGCUCACAGGAUGGGAAAGCGGUGCGCUGCUGAAGAUGAGCGCAGGGCCAGGAGCGCCCUGUGUCUGCCUUCGUGGGGUGAUGAGACCCACUGGAUCCCACUGAUCGCCCUGUGGGUGUGCUGUCCCCACAUGCAGGUGAGCGGCCGGGCCCUGCAGGGCCAUCCCCUCUCACUCAACUUUGGCACAGUUGGGAAAUAAAGACUAAAUGGUUUGAUCCACACAUGACUUACCCUGUUCUGCUCAUCAGUAUCUCCCUGCAGGGGCUGUGGGUGGGAGGUGAUUGGCACCUGCUAUUCAGUUCACCUUCCCUGCCUCUCCCUGUUCUCCGGAGUAGCAGGCUGCAGGAGUCAAGGUGGCGGCUGCUGCCAGCAGAGCUGGCCAUGGGCAGAGUCUGCCUUGUCUACAGGACCAGAUUGUAGGGUGGCUGUAGCAGUGGGAAAUAGCCAGUUUUUUGUUUGUUUGUUUUUUAAUCCAGUGAGAGCUUUUCUUAAUA